AUGUUAAGAAAAAUUGUUCGCUCUGCUAGUAAGGUGCUAGGGGUCAAGCAGACAGGUCUGGAGAGUAUUUAUGAUAUAAGAGGCUUCCCAAAAGCCCACAAGGUACUGAUGGAGCCCAGACAUCCGCUUUAACCAGGAGUUUGAGCUACUCCCCUCAGGGAGACGUUACAGGGCACCAGGGUACAAAAUAAAUAAGGACAAACAGUCCUUUAUCCCAGCGGCG